AUGGCGUUCCUCAUCGACAGCGAGCGGCCAACAACUCUCGACGAACUCACUUAUCACGAUAGCAUUACACAACAGUUGCGUGGACUGGCACGUCGUCCUGACUUACCACAUCUGCUAUUCUAUGGUCCGACUGGAGGGGGAAAGAUGACCAGAAUACAGUGUUUGUUGAGGGAGAUAUUUGGACCGGCUGUCACGAAGGUUAAGCAUGAGUUUAGAACAAUCAAAGAUGCCUCAUCAUCCCGGCCGAUGUUGGACGUCCAGGUCCUAUACAGUAACUACCAUCUGGAGGUUACGCCCACUGAGGCUGGUACUAGGGAUGUAGUUGUCAUACAACAUCUGAUCAAGGAGAUGGCACAAGCACCUCCUUUGGGAGGAGACGUGCCAUUCAGGGUGGUUGUCGUCAACGAUGCGCACAACUUGAGUCGAUCAGCUCAGGCUGGUCUGAGGCGAACUAUGGAGAAAUACGUUGGUGUGCUGAAGAUAUUUUUCCAUGCCGACUCUUUGGCGUCGUUGAUACCUCCUUUGCGGAGUCGGUGUAUGAGUAUCAGAGUGCCCCGUCCUACCACAGAAGUGGUUAAGAUCGAGCUGGAGAGGGUAAAGGCUAAGAUGGGUGUGGAAAUGAAUCCACAUCUAGCCACUAUUAUUGCUACGGAAUCUAGAGGAGAUUUACGUUACGGCCUUAUGCAGCUAGAUGCUAUCAGUGCCCAGAAUGGUGGUAGCCAUGCAUUACGGAAUGCUAAUACGCCUCUGGCUAGGCUUCCAUGGAAGGUCGUAUUAGAGGACAUUGUGAAGGAUAUCUUGACUGAACAGACUCCAAAGCAGUUGAAGGUGGGUGCCCAUUCUAUGGUAUGUAGGCUGGGAUGA